CCCUAUCUAGUUUCUUCAUCACAAAUAUUUUCUGAAGGAUACAUAAGAAAUAUGCAUGAACAGUGGAUAUCUCAACACGGCCGUGUUUACAAAGAUGCAGCUGAGAAGAAAAUGAGGUUCAGAAUUUUCAAGAAAAAUGUGCAACUAAUAGAGGCUUUCAACAGAGGCGAGGAUAAAGGAUUUAAAUUAGCUGUUAAUCAUUUUGCUGAUAUAACAGAUGAUGAGUUCCGAAAACUACAUACUGGUUUUAAUGACAGCCUGAAACCAUCCUCCUCUGCCAAUUCUACACCUGAGGGCACAUUUUUUAAAUAUGCGGACAUCAAAGACGUUCCAUCUAGCAUUGACUGGCGAGAUAAAGGUGCAGUCACACCGAUAAAAGUACAAGGACAAUGCGGUAACUGCUAUGCAUUUUCAGCCGUUGCAGCUGUUGAAGGCAUUACUCAAAUCACGCAAGGAGACCUCAUAUCUUUAUCUGAGCAGCAGAUCGUAGACUGUGACAAAGACGACUAUGGGUGUAAUUACGGAGAUAUGAGAAAUGUUUUUAAUUACAUAAUACGAAACAAUGGUAUCACCACAGAAUAUUCUUAUCCUUAUACAGGCUCACAAGGUCCGUGCCAAUAUAACUCCACAAAUAAUCCAGCUGCUAAAAUAAAUGGAUUUCAAUUUGUACCCCGAAACAGUGAAGCUGAUUUGUUAAAGGCAGUGGCGAAUCAACCAGUUUCAGUGGGUAUUCAUUCUACCGAUUAUCAAUUCAAAUUCUAUUCUGGUGGUAUUUUAAAUUUUGAUUGUGGCACGGAAUUGGACCAUGCUGUCACAAUUGUUGGCUAUGGAACUAAUAGUGAUGGAAUCAAGUACUGGAUUGUCAAGAACUCAUGGAACCCCGCGUGGGGAGAUGCUGGAUUUGCCUACUUAAUACGAGAUUAUAAGAAUCCUCAAGGCAUUUGUGGCAUUGCUAUUUAUGCAACAUAUCCUACCAUUUGAAACAAAUUCUAAAUAGUGAGUUAUACGAAUUUUACUCUUUAUGAACAACAAAAUUCUUGUCUAUUUUGAUUGUGGAA